AUGGAGGUCCAGAGAUCGCUUACACGUUCAGCUCACCUCCGACGGAGCUACAUUGAGAUAUCGAGAUAUAUUCGUACUCAUUUGUGGUGCGCAGGCUUCGCGUCCACCCAACGCGCCAUCACCAGCCCAUGUCUUUCUCAGAGACUUGCAUAUUCUACGUCUUCCGCCCGACGUGACCGGCAACAAGAUCCAAGACUGCAGACCAGUAACGGCGAUAUCAGGCGAUACAACUUCUCCAGUAAGACAGUGCCUCACCAGCGAUUUGGCCAGCGUCUAACUCUAGCAGGGAUCUCUUCUUCCAAAGGAGCCAGUCAAGCCUGGAAAAAACUAUGCCAGACCGACGUCGAUUCAUUACCGAGUACGCCUGCUCCUGAUGAUGACAGCCAGAACCAAGUGCAGCUAUAUGGCUAUAUUACUUCCCACAGGCCUAGCAAGGGCUUCGAUUUCAUCCAACUGGUCGAUCCACGCUUAGAGCUUGCCGUGCAAGUUAUCUUCCCCCAUUCUGUUUCCACUGCGAAGGUCGGAGCAAGUCCCUCGGUGGAAAGUCACAUAGACGCCGAGGAGUCUAGUGAGGAAAGAGAAUCAAGUGAUGGAGAAGUCUCCGAAGGACAGUUGAGCAUUUUCAGAGCCGCUCGUCCUCAUACACCCAUUCGGAUCUCGGGGACCGUUGUGCCACGAUUGAAACGGCCCAAAAAGGUACACCAGCGGGUUCCCUUGGGAGAGUCUGCAACGCCACAAAAGAAAAAGCCAGAUACUACUGUCCGAACACUAGACCCCUAUGUUGGACACAUCGACCUCAUAUCUCACGUGGAAAUCAGAGCAGAUUCUUACAAAUUUCUCAAUGGAGUUCCAUCUGACCUCACCGCAAAAUGCGAUACAGUGUUUCCGCCAGAGUCGCGACACCUUCAAUUCAGAACGGACUCGGACCUCCGUCGCCGCAUUCGAUUACGCUCGCGCCUCGCAGGCAAGAUACGAGAACAUAUGCUAAGCAAUGAUUUCGAUGAGAUAGAGACACCUCUUUUGUUCAAGUCCACCCCAGAAGGCGCUCGGGAAUUCAUUGUCCCCACGAGAAAGAAGGGCUUGGCAUACGCAUUACCACAAAGUCCGCAGCAAUAUAAACAGGUCCUCAUGGCAUCGGGAAUCUGGAGGUACUUUCAAUUUGCCAAAUGUUUCCGGGAUGAGGAUCUGCGGGCCGACAGACAGCCCGAGUUCACCCAGCUUGAUCUCGAGAUGGCCUUCGCCAGUAGUGCCGACGUGAUGGCUGCGGUGGAAGAGCUACUCAUCCAUGCAGUCUGGCCCAACGUGCCUGGAAUCGCUCCUUUGCAAAUGCCGUCGUCGACGGAGUUCGAGUCCGAAUCGGCCGAUCCGGAAUAUCACAACCUGGCUUUUCCACAGCUCACAUAUACCGCUGCGAUGACUCGGUUUGGUUCGGACAAGCCUGACACCCGGCUUGGGUCUGAAAUUCAUCGAGUGGAUCAUUGGCUCUCGCCCAAUGUGAAGACCAUGGUAACUUCGCUUGACGAUCCCGUCGUGGAAAUGGUGAAAAUUUGCAUGCAGGGAUGUGAACCAGCAGACAGCCAGAAAUUUGUAACAACGUUUUUGGAAACAUCGCCGAAAGCGAGCUAUACGAAUGACAGCGCACGAAUUCCCGGAGUGGCGGUCUUUGAUCCCUUGAAACCGCUGCAUGGAUUGGCGAGCUUUGGCCAUGAAGGCGCAGCCAAAGUGGAAGAAGAAUUCGAUCCCGAACCGGGCGACAUCCUGAUUCUUUGUAGCCGCGAUGGGAAGCCGUUUACUGGUGGAUCUACUGCUCUAGGGGACCUGCGUCGGGACAUCUAUCAGCACGCCAUAUCCGAAGGUCUAAUCCCUUCACCUUCAGGAUAUUCUGCACUGUGGGUAACGGAUUUUCCCUUGUUUUCGCCCACAGAAGACUCCGAGCCUGGACAGGGUGGGUCUGCUGGUAUCUGCUCGACGCAUCAUCCAUUCACGGCUCCUAAGCAAAAUCAGGAUCUAUCGGUGUCCACAUUCAAGAAGGAUCCAUUAUCCAUUAUCGGAGAUCAUUACGACCUCGUGAUUAAUGGAGUUGAGGUUGGUGGCGGCUCCUGUCGUAUACACCGUGAAUUUAUGCAAGAAUUCAUUCUCAGGGAGGUCCUGAAGAUGGAACCUGAACGUGUGCAGGAUUUUGGCCAUCUACUAAGGGCGUUGCGCUCUGGCUGUCCGCCGCACGCAGGGUUUGCCCUGGGAUUUGACCGGCUAAUGGCCAUGUUGACGAACAGUGCGACUGUACGAGAUGUGAUCGCGUUUCCAAAGUACGCAGACGGCGAAGACAAGUUCGCUGGGGCACCCUCACCGAUAACCCAAGAUCAGCUUGCGACCUAUCAUCUUGCUGCUGCCGAUGACAAGGUUGCCCAUGUAACAACUCCAAAAUUGUCGCGCAAGGCGUAA